AUGGCCUUCCUGCAGACCUUGACCAAGAGCUUCUCAAGAUGGGUCUUCUUCUGCUGCUGUUGCUGUCUUCCUCUUCUUCUCACCAGCCCUCUGCCUCCAAAAGGGGCAGGGGUGGCUUCGACUGCUCACCAUGCCUGCAGGCUCAGGAAGCUCAACUUCCAGCCCUACAUCAGGAAUCACACCUACACCCUGGCUAAAAUGGCCAGAGUCUCAGACCAGGACACAGACAACAGGCUCAUUGGCCAGCAGCUCUAUGUUAACAUCAAGGAAAACAACCACUGCUACAUGAUGAAGAGGACUGUGGAGGUUAUAGUGAAAGAUGUCCUCCUUACUGAGGCCAAGGACCAGUACCUGUAUGCUAAGGAGGUGGCAGAGUUCUUGGCAUCCCUCACCCAGCAGCUGAGACAUUGUCACUCAGCAGGACAGAGAGAGCACAUUGAAAAGAAUCUGGAAGAAAUGAAGAGAAAAAUGGAAGAGCUGGGAGAGAAUGGGAAGACCAAAGCCAUUGGAGAACUGGAUUUACUAUUUGACUACAUAGAAAAUGCUUGCACUGAUGCCCCAAAGAAAGGAGGGAACAAGAAGAAAAACUAA